ACACGCCAUUGGCUUGACGUAAUUAUUUUAUUCUAUGUGCGAAUGUCACAUUAUUGGAAAUGUGAGUUUUUUCACUUUCACUGCAGCCGUAGGAGAAUCAAGAUGUCUGGAAAACUGUUGAGAGUUAUGCUUCUGGUGCAUGCAUUUUUUAGAUGUUGGGGCGCAUCAAAGCAAUCACAAUUCAUAAAAAUGUCUGAUGCGAUAAUAAUGCCGUAUGUGGAAAUGACAAGCAGAUCUGCCACCGGAUUUUUUGAAUGUGCUGCACUUUGCAAUGAUGCGUGUUGGUUCCUGAAGUAUUCGGGCAACGGAUCGGGCUCAGGCACAUGUGAACUGUACACCCUAAAGGACGCAAUCUACUCCCAGCUGAGAUUCGUAAAUAGUUCAAAUCUGUACAAAAAGGUCUAUCCCCCCGCAAUUGCGUUUGUUGGAAUCUCGGAAGGCAAAACAUGGGAAGGGGCAAGGGACUUCUGUCAGAGUCUUGGAGCCAACUUAGCCAUCGCCGACAGCACCGCAAAGGUGGAAAGAAUGAACAACAUUAUAAGUUCCGGGUGGUUCUGGGUAGGAGGCCAGAAAAUCGGGACGACCUGGAAAUGGUUAUCUGGAGCGGUCGUGGCGCAGACUCCUAUAGACGAUAAUAAUGCCUCGUGUCUUUGUGUGUUUGGCAGCAAGUUGAACGAUUGGUCCUGCACUAACAUUUUGAUGUCAGUGUGUGAAUUUAAGCUUUAAAAACGAGCUUUAAAGGAUUUCGUCUGACAAUGCAAAUGUGUCUUUAUAAUUAACGGGAUCACCAUUUGCUUAUUAUUGCUUGGUAUUUAUCUAUUUUUAAAGAAAUAUUAUCCUCAUAUCGUUGAACGUGUUAAACUAUUCAAAUUUUCCUGUUUUGCAAACUAUUGGACAAAAGAAUACACAAAGGUAACUGAGACAUCAAUGAAAACUUCCGUUCAAUGAGUAGUGUUAAAUAUCCAUUCGUAUAUUUUACCCUACUUAUUCAUAGGAGACAUGAGUAUCCAUACAGAACACGUAAAUACAAAUAAACUGAAUUGGCAUUGAUUGUAUCCACUAUUGUUGUUCGGCUUUAUUUGUGCACGUGUUUCACGGUUUUUGAUUAAACGAUAUCCGUAAUUAA